AUGGAUCGCGAGGAUUUGUUUAUGAAGAAAUUUAAGUAUUAUAAAAGAAAUAACCCUAAGCCUUCUCUAGAACAGGUUAUUUUAUUUAAUGAUGAGUACACUAUUUUAAAACAGGUGAAUAAUAUACCUCAUACAAAAAAUGACCCAAGAACUGAAAUACUUGGCUUAAAAGACUUAAGAGUUUGGCAAAGUUUGGCAUUCAGUGACCAUCCAGGUUUUGUUAUCAUAAGAAAUCCAUUUACUGCUUUAGGUCAAAGGUAUUGGAUACGAAAAUGUUUAGAAGAAUAUUCAAAAAGUCCAAACAAAAGGAACAUUGAUAUUGACACCUCAUUAAAUGAUUGGUGGUCCGAAUGUUACAAGAGUGGAAAGUGUGAUAAGAAAUUUCAAAACAAACUAAGAUGGACUACAUUAGGAUACCAUCAUAACUGGGACACAAAAGUUUACAGUGAAGAAAGCAAAGGCAUUUUUCCUUCAGAGUUGGCAGAACUCUGUGAAGUGGUAGCUCAGUAUCUCGGUUAUGAACCAUUCAGGGCAGAAGCAGCUAUAGUAAAUUACUAUCACAUGUGUUCUACUCUGUCUGCACAUACAGACCAUUCAGAGGUUAAUUUAGAUGCCCCCUUAUUUUCAUUUAGUUUUGGCCAGUCUGCAAUUUUUUUAUUAGGCAGACACGAGAAGACAAUAGAACCAUCAGCAUUCCUUCUAAACAGUGGAGAUAUAGCUAUAAUGUCAAAAGAAGCACGUCUUUGUUACCAUGCGGUACCAAAAAUAUUGCCUGCUACAAAAUGUCCGUGGAGUGAUAUUGUGCGUCCUGUACAAAAGUCAAAUAUACAUUUAAAAUGUAUGAAGGCUGAAGAUAUAUCUGAGAUGAAUAAGAAUAUUAAGGAGAACGAAUGGAGAAAUUUUGAGAACUAUAUAGCAGAAUCUAGAAUUAACAUCAAUGUGAGGCAGGUGUUAAUGGAAAACCAGAUAACCUUAUAG